AUGUCAGUUUCCAGUUUUGGUUUUAUUUCCAAUGCCACGGAGGCAGACUAUACGAAUGGCAAAACCAUUGAAAACUUUCCUGUCGGCAAAGGCGCACAGAACACAAUCUUCAACACUCAUGAUCAAUCACUCAUAUUGGAAACUCCUGGUCUAUAUCCGGAGAUAUGCGAUUUUGAGUCCUUUCGUCUCGCUUGA